AUGGCGGCGCCGCGGCCGCUGGCGCGCUUCUGGGAGUGGGGCAAGAACAUCGUGUGCGUGGGCAGGAACUACGCCGAGCACGCCCAGGAGAUGGGCAGCGCUGUGCUGCGCGAGCCCGUGCUCUUCCUGAAGCCGUCCACCGCAUACGUGCCCGAGGGCGCACCCAUCCCCAUGCCCGCGUACACCCGCGACCUACAGCACGAGCUGGAGCUGGGCGUGCUCGUGGGCAGGCGCGCGCGCGCCGUGCCGCAGGCCGCCGCCAUGGACCACGUGGCCGGCUAUGCCCUGUGCCUGGACAUGACCGCCAGGGACGUGCAGAAGGAGUGCAAGAGGCAGGGGCUGCCCUGGACGCUGGCCAAGGGCUUCACGGGCUCCUGCCCCGUCAGCGCGUUCGUGCCCAAGGAGAGGAUCCCCGACCCCCACAGCCUGAAGCUCUGGCUCACCGUCAACGGCGAGCUCCGGCAGGAGGGGGACACGGCCUCCAUGAUUUUUUCCAUCCCUUACAUCAUCAGCUACGUUUCUAAGAUAAUCACCUUGGAAGAGGGAGAUAUUAUCUUGACUGGCUCGCCAAAGGGAGUUGGGACAGUCAAAGAAAAUGAUGAGAUCCAGGCUGGCAUUCACGGGAUCGUUAGUAUGAGAUUUAAGGUGGAAAGGCCAGAAUAUUGAGUCUGUACAAAGCACCCUAACUCCUUAAGUUUCAGGAGAGAAGAGAGCAGGACAGAAGCAAGCAAAAAUUAUUAAAUGUGACAGUCCUUGUGAUAAGAAACCCGUCCUGAAAAAUGACUUGAUUGGACUGUUAUGCCUCAACUCAAGGAAGACAGAUACUUAAAGAAACACGUGGAAGAGCCCGGCCAGAAAUGGAAACCAAAAUAAAGGGUUUGUGAUGUUUCUGAAGUGGAGCGUUUAUCAAGCCGUAUGUUCAGAAGACUUAGUUUCCUUUCUUAAGACUGGACUGGAUAAGACUCUUCAUUCUAGGAUCAGUAGUUCAAGACUCAAAAACUAAAGGAAACACAGGCAAGUUCCAGACCAGCGUUCCCCAAAUUUCCUUGGACUUGAUAAUCAUCUGGAGGCAUUUGUAAAAAUAAAAAUUUCACAAUUAUUGUCCCAGAUCCACUGAAUUAAUUAAUGUUAUUAAUGAAGAUCUAGUCUGCUUGCCUGGGUUGUCUACCCUGACCCAAAGAUUCUGAGUGUGGAAGAUAAUUUUGAAAUUACUGUUUUCAAAAUAAAUGUGUUGCUGUCUUUUU